AUGGCGGGAGCGGGAGACGAAGAGAUGGACGCGGUUUUGAGCGACGUUGAAGGGGAGGAUCAUCCGGCGGCGACUCUGAUCGGAAACAUCCACAAACCAGAACACGUCCCCGUCGAGAGGUACGCGGAGCUCUCGGCGGAGCUCGAUCGGGAGCGGGCGGCUCGACGAGCGGCGGAGGAUUCGAAAGAAGAGGCAGUGGAGAAGCUCAAUCGAGUCAGGAAAGUUGCACAGGAGGCAAUCCAGAAGCGAGACGAAGCGGAGAGCGAAAGAGACGAGGCGCUGAAAUCGCGAGAGAGGAUCACGGCGGAGCUGAACGAGGUCGCGGAGCAGAGAGACGAGGUUGCCAGGCAGCUGGACGGAGCGAUGAGAGCGAGGGAUUCGCUGCGGCUGGAGAUGGAGAAUUCUAGGCAUUUGCUGGUGAGCGGAAUUGAGAAGAUAUCUGGCAAGCUGAGCGAGUACGGGAAUUUCGCGGCGGCCGCAGGCGGCGGCGGAUUGCCCAAGUCGCCCAAGUACAGCGGAAUGCCGGCGGUUGCUUAUGGAGUUCUCAAGCGGACGAAUGAGAUUGUGGAGGAGCUGGUUAAGCAGAUUCAUGCCGCGAAUCGGUCGGGAAACGACGCUAGGGAUCAGAUUGAGCAGCGGAAUUUCGAGAUUGCGAUUGAGGUUUCCCAGCUCGAGGCCACCAUUGGCGGGCUGAGGAGGGAAUUGGAGGGUAAAACGGCGUUGAUCGGGGAGUUGCAGAAAGCGGUGGCGGAGAAGGAAAUCAUGGCGUCUGAAAUUGAGAGAGGGAUGUGGGACAAGGCGCAGUUGGAGGAUAAAUUAAGGGAUUUGGAAACUAAAUUGGAAUUUCUGAAGCCUUUGCUGAUCGAUCAAUCGAAUUUCUCCUGGAAAAUUCACGAGCAGUUAUUUGGUGCCAUGAAGAUCGUUGAUAAGAACUAUCAACACCAUGAAGUGCCUGCGUCCUUAUUUUUCCAAGAACAGAAGGACGUAGGCGAGAACCUUAGCUCUUCAUUAGCAGGGAUGAAAUCUAUCUAUGAGCUAACCAGAGUUGUGGGCGAAAAGACAAAGGGUGUGAUUCAGGUCAAGGAUCAUGAAUUGAAGCGUUCAGCUGAAACAGUAGGUCAGUUGGUCAGGGAGAAAGAGCAUAUAAGUUAUCUGCUCAGGAGUGCUUUGUCAAAGAGACCCACUUGGGAUCCAUCUUCCAAAGCAAACGACUUGUUUCAAGCUGCAGAGAAUGGUUUGAGAGAUGCUGGCAUAGAUUUCAAAUUCAGCAAGUUUCUGGGAGAUCACAAGUUUCCAGCUUCUCCUAGAGAGAAUGGUGGUGGCAGCUUGGCAGUGGACCCAGAAGAGGGCGAAAUAUACACCCUGGCGGGUGCUUUGGAGAAAGUCGUUAAGGCUUCUCAGCUUGAGAUCAUCGAGCUGCGGCAUUGUGUGGAGGAACUCAGGAAUGAAUCAAGCUCGCUAAAGGAGCAGAUAGACAUCCAAGCUAAGGAACUAAGUAGCAGGAUGCGUAGGAUAGAGGAGCUUGAAGAGAAACAAAGAGCAACAAAUGAAAAUAUUGAGGGUUUGCUUAUGGACAUAACUGCAGCAGAGGAAGAAAUUCGGAGAUGGAAAGUAACAGCAGAACAGGAGGCUGCGGCAGGUCAUGCGGUAGAAAAAGACUUUGCAUCUCAGUUAUCAACACUUAAGAAGGAGGUAGAAGAGGCAAAGCAAGCGACAUUAGAAUCAGAGAAGAAGGUGAAGUUGAAAGAAGAGACGGCGGCUGCAGCCAUGGCAGCGAGAGAGGCUGCUGAGAAGUCAUUGAGAUUGGCUGACGUAAGAGCAUCCAGGCUGAGGGAGAGAACAGAGGAGCUCAGCCGUCAACUUGAAGAGUUUGAAACCAGAGAAGAAGCCAGUGGCGACCGAAGUCGAAAAUAUGUAUGCUGGUGGCCUUUUUCCCAGUGGCCAGGCUUGAAUCUUGUAGCAGGAACACAUGCCAAUCAUGAAACAUACAACAGCUCUUCCAUUUCAUUGGAAGAGCUUUCUGAACCCCUCAUAUGA